AUGACACCAAUCGAGAUCGCCGAAGGUCUAAAGCAACGAAACGCUGUCAGACUGAGCAUGCUUAAGGAUACCAAGGAAAAGUUCAACACUAUCGUCGACAGACUUAUCGACGAGCACCUAAGCCAAAGUGAUGAAUUCAGUGAGCGGACAGAGAAGCAGAGGCUUGGCGAGUCUACUACUACCACCAAAACUGAGCCCCCGUCACCGGAUUCAAAAGAGUUUCUCAGAACCAUGAUAAAGAACGCUAGGGACGAUUGCGAGGCUGCUUAUAAGCUAAGCGUCUCUGCACUUGGGGAAGCUCGAAAGAAAGCUUCCGAGCAACGCGAAGCUGAUGUGAAGGCAUGGAAUGAAAUAUAUCAACUUCUCGUAGCCGACGCGGUAGACACCGAUAAAAGGCAACGCUACGGGGAAGGCUUGUUGUACUCUCCAGCCACCGCGUCGAUUCGCAAACACAUUUCGGAUGAUUGCAAUAGUGGACUGGCUUGUAUGAAAAAAUCCGUCCUGAUCAGUUCAGUGGAGAUUGACCGUAUUGAGAUAAGAUCCAGAGAAAGAGUAGGGUUGGCAUGGUCGGGAUAUAUGCGAGAGGAGAAGGCAUACAUAGAGCACCUGAGCAGUCUUGAGUUCCAGGCCUCUAGCGCAGGGAUUGAUCUUGGCUGUGAGACGACGGAGCAGACAUUAUAUAGGUGGGUCGAGGAAGUUUCCUCAAAGAAGGAGCACUACUAG